GGGGAGGGAGGAGGAGGAGGAGGAGGGAGGAGGACCAGCUUGUCAGGCCAGGAGGGCGGGGGGGGACAGGGGACUCCAACUCCCGGCGUGCACCGCGGUGCGCCUCCCCCGGGCCGCUUUGCAUGAUGGGGGCCGUAGUCCUGCAGGGGUGGACGGGCCCCGCCGGCUGUUCCCGCCAGAAAGCAGUCGUUGCCUGGGCAACCGGAAGGCCCCGCCCCCCAGGCCCGCCCGCAGUUGUGUGGGAGAAGCGAAGCCGGCGCUGGGCAGGAGGACGCAGCCUAAGCAAGACUUCCUCUUCCCUCUUCUGCAGUGCAGGUUUGGGCUGCCAAGUAGCGCCAUGGUGAGCAGAACCGGCCUCCUCCUGCUGCUGUUGCUGUGUUGCUGCUGCCGCUGCCGCUGCCAUGACGCUCCCAUUCUCUCUGUUCCUGAAGAAGUUACAAUGGAAAAUGGAAGUUGGGUGAAUGUCAGCUUGUCGUUAAACACCCCAGCCAACAAGACGCUUUGGAUCACCUUCAGCGUGACUUAUUCGUCCAAGAACGCCACUAUUGUUGAGCUGCCAAACAGAGUAACAGUACCUGCAGGUCUAAAGGAGAAGAGUUUCCAAGUGAGAGCUAAAGAUGUUGGGCAGGUGACUGCGUACCUCCAUUCCAACCAGUCCAAUCACACUGGGCCGAGAAUCCGGUUCCUGGUGAUCCACAGCCAUGCAGUGAGCAUCGUUAACCAGGUGAUCGGGUGGAUCUAUUUCCUGGCUUGGUCCAUCUCCUUCUAUCCUCAAGUGUUUGAGAACUGGAGGCGGAAAAGCGUCGUGGGGCUGAGUUUUGACUUCAUCGCUUUGAACCUGACCGGCUUCAUCGCCUACAGCGUCUUCAACGUGGGGCUCUUCUGGAUCAGCUCCAUCCAGGAACAGUUCCUCCAGCGGUAUCCCAAUGGCGUGAACCCAGUGACCAGCAACGACGUCUUCUUCAGCCUCCAUGCUGUCGCCGUGACCCUCUUCAUCAUCUUCCAGUGCCUGAUCUACAAGAGAGGGGACCAAAAGGUUUCUCGCGUGGCCAUCGGGUUGCUGGUCUUGGCCUGGGUUUUCGUCUUUGCCACCUUGUCUGUGGCCGCCGCCGGGGAAAUCAGCUGGCUCCAGUUCCUGUUUUACUUCUCUUACGUCAAGCUGGCCGUGACGCUCAUCAAGUAUUUCCCCCAGGCCUACAUGAAUUUCCGCCGGAAGAGCACGGAAGGCUGGAGCAUCGGGAAUGUCUUGCUGGAUUUCACGGGCGGCGCGUUCAGCCUCCUCCAGAUGUUCCUGCAGUCUUACAACCACGAUGAGUGGAAGCUGGUUUUUGGGGACCCCACCAAGUUUGGCCUUGGCCUCUUCUCCAUCGCCUUCGACAUCGUCUUCCUCCUCCAGCAUUACUGCUUGUAUCGCUCUCCUCCGGCCUACCAGCCGGUUCAGUAAGGGCCUGCCUCCGCGGCCACGCCACCCUUCGCUCGCCAGACUUCCAGCGUGGGCACGGCAGCCCCGCCUUGGCUCCGCCAGCACUCUUGACUGCUUGGCCACGUGCACUUGCCACUCUUGCCUCGGUUCCUGCCCUCUUGUGCCUUCACGUCCUCCCGUCCAGCAGCCUGACCUUGGCAGACCAGCCGCCUGGAGCUCUUGCAACUCGUGGAUAUAUUCCAGGCAGGACGUAGGAUAUUCCAGGCUGCUCCAGGUAAAAGGGUCCCUCCCUGGGGCAGUCUGGCAGGCAUCAGAUGCCGCUGGGCCACGGGAGAGCGGUUUGGGCCUUCAGAAAAAACCCGCGGGCACGGGAAGUGAUCCAAGCCGCUGUCUUCCGGCUCAGUGCCAUGGUGACAACCACCGGUGCUUGAAGAGGUUGUCGGUACUGAAUCGGUUGUCGGGACAUCGUCUUCCUUUGCACGGGGGCUGGGUGGGGAAGGAAAGGGCGGCAGGGAUGGUCCUUUCCUCGCCUUGGUGGUACUGAAGCCCCAAGGCCCAUGGCCUCGGCCUGAACAAGCUGCGUAGGGGCCCUGCCCCCACCCAGGGGUCUCGGAUUAAAACUUUUGUAACACAA